UCUACCCUUGCGUUUAUGCGACUGCUGCCAGAGGCAUGUGGAUGCUCACGGCCCUCACUUUUUCCUGCCGCGUUCCAUUCAGCAUGUCACUCGUUAUGCAAUCAGCCACGCCUCAUUCCCAGUCGACUUCUGUCAAAGUCGAGUGAGACAUCGCCUGCGGCCCUCACGUCGAUUAAGAUGUCCCGGAGGAUGCCCGGAUCGAUAUCCUUCCAUUGCUUGUGCUCGGCAUUAGGUGCAUCUCAGGUCCUUGAUCUUCUGUGUCACCCGCCUUACAGCCGAAGUGUUUGAGCCGAAGUGACCGUUGGCUCUCGAUUUCUGUCCACAUUGUUCUAGUCCCUCAUGCUGGAAAUCAACUGGAGGGAUUGCGACGCCGUGCUGAAACCAUUUCCGAUUUUGAAGGCCUAGAAAUUGCGCUGUGCCGCGUGCGCAUAGACGGCGAGGUGGACUGACCAUGCGCGCCUGUUGAUUCUUCUGCCAACAAUGGGUUCCUGGAGCUUUCAAUGGAAUAUGUCACCUAUCCGACCAAGCGUGUUAUCGCCCGAGCUCAAAUAGCAGGUCCGCACGCACGAUCCAGGUUUCCCUUUGGUUUCCCCGUUCCGCAAGAUGGUCUUUCUUUCGCUGUCCUUACUAUCCUCACUCCUUCUGUUCUCCGAGGUCAAGGCGGCCAGCAGCAGUGCCUCUGCGGCUCCAACCAGUGCAUCCUCUGCGGCUGCGAAAGCGACUGGCACGACGACUCCGACCCGGAACCCCAAACGCGGCGUCGCAUACGCUGCCACGAAUGGCACAGACAUCAAGCAGGCCAAUCUGACAGCGAGCGUCGUUUCUUGGGUCUACAACUGGGGUCUCGUUCCGCCGAGCAACCUCGAGCAGUCCGGGCUCGAAUACAUCCCGAUGCAAUGGGGUGCUGCCAAUAUCGAGAAUCUGCAGGUGACCGUGAAAGGAUUGGGCGCGAAGACAGUGCUGGCGUUCAACGAACCCGAUUUUGCUGAGCAGAGUAACAUGAACGCCACCUACGCGGCUCAGCUCUGGAUGCAGUACAUCGAGCCUCUGAAAGCCGAUGGAGUCAGAUUGGGUGCGCCGGCCAUCUCGUCGGGAUCCACGGGGCCACCGUGGCUGAGUCAGUUUAUGGCGGCCUGCAGUCAAUGUUCCAUCGAUUUCAUUCCAUUCCAUUGGUACGGCGACGGAACGGGCGGAUUCACAGAUUACCUUUACUCUCUGCACGCCAACUAUCCGAACCACACGCUGUGGGUAACCGAGUUUGCGGAGACGGCGCCAAAUGACACCACCGUGGUGCAAUUCCUGAAUGACACCGUGACAAUGCUGGACGGGCUGGACUGGGUUGAGAGAUAUUCCUGGUUCGGAUUCUUUAGGCCCGGCAACGGAUCGCAUUGGAAUCUGCUCGAUGUCAAUGGUGACCUGAAUGCUGCAGGCCAAGUCUACGUCGACGCUGUGAAGAAGCCUGCCAACUUCCUCCCGAACCCCACCGGCACGGCCACCUCCGGUCCAGUCAACACCGCCGCGGGACUGACCACGGUGUACGCCGCAAGCAACUCAAUGCUGACCCCGGCAUGGGCCACACAGACGGCCAGCGGCGGACGGAAAAUAGCGGCGAUGUCGCGCCUGGACGUUCCGAUCGCUGCCGGCGUACUUUCACUACUAGCCGCCUUACUAUAGACAAGCAGCACUCGAUCGGACAGACACUCAUUUGGAUGUACACUCGUAAUCUUAUAAUGCUCAUUCUUGUACAACGACG